UUGUAAAUGCUUCCAUGGAUUUGAUAACAAAGCACUUGGUUCCGUACCGAAUCCUUUCUUUCAUCGUGCUCGCAGCUUGCUUUGAUUCUUUCUACCUACCAAAUCGUUUCCAGUCGGCUGCCACCUGGCAUCAGCAUGACGCGUCAUAGGCAUCGUGGUUCUACCAACAGGAGUACGACCUACCACCCAGACCAGAGUGGUUAUUCAGCUGUUCCAUCGCCUGUUGCCAAUGACGGAUGCCUCUCCUCACUGGCCGACUUUAUCCCUUCCUGGUUACAUCACAUGCAGGCAUGCCAUAACGAUCCUCCUCAAGAUAUUCCACAGCAAAAACGUCCUAUUGAUUCCACGAAUCUUUCGUGGCAUCCUAAUGGACUCACGACUGUUCGUAUUCAGUCGAACUGCGACACUGGACGAUACCAACCAUCGGAUAUUUUCAUCCAGGGCAGCCCAUCACAGUCGUCUCUGCCCGAUCAGAAAUGCCAUCAUCAGUAUCGCCAAUCAGCCCCAAACAGCGACCAUGGUCAGAACUUGGAUAAUAGAGAGAGAGAUCGCCAUCCCAUACAGCCAAAGUCAACGACAUCAGAGACUUCAUUAACUAGGAACACUGUUUUCGAAAAGCAACCCCGACGGAAAACUCGACGAGAUCGCUACGACACCGUAAAAUCAAAGGCUGAACGAAUGGAAGGGGGGCAAAGAAAGAAACCUUCGACUCGCGUAACAAAGAAGGGGAGAUUGCGAUCUAGCCGAGAGGUAAUGGCCAAUUUCAGUUCCCGCGCGAUUGCGAAUGCAAGUGAGAAAAUAACGUUGGAUCAAAAGUUUACUCCAGGCUUGUUCGUCAAUGGGCGUAGCUCGACCUCAUUAGCCGAUUUGGCGUUCAACGAUAUACCUUUGAAUCACGAAAAUGUCGAAACAUGCGAAAAGGGGCACCCGUCGAAGCCAGAACCAAAACAACGGGAAAGGGGGAAAAGCCGUCAGGACGAGAUUAAGAUUUUCGCUGAUGCGCUGAAACGACUAAUAGCAGACUAUCCACCUCCGAAAUCUGCCAGUCCCCCUAACCGCACGAUUGUUUCUAGUGGUGCUUGUACGCAGCGCAUCAAUGGAGACAGUGCCGGGCGACUACUACCGCGUGGCAGUCAUACGCCACGAAGCCUGUCGAUUCGCAGUCAUCCAACGGCUGUCAAUUCAUGCCGAAAUCUUACACCGGAAGCUCGGGGGAGACCUACCACAGAAAAAGAACUUACUGCAGUCAUAAGCUGUGAAGAUCACAAGCCCCAUUGUCAUGAAACUGUUGAACCUCCUAAAUACGAAGACAAAGGAAUAAUGGUGAGCCCCUGGAUGCACCAGCGGGCUGCAGAAAAUAUGUCAUAUGGUACGGUUAGUGCCGACCAUCAGCUCCGACCAAGGAGAAGAGAGUCCUCCAACUCUAGAGCAGAAAUACACAUGUCCAGUGCAUACUUUGAAACAUCAGCCCCUGAAGUAGGCGGAAAAUGUCGGCCAGAGCAAACAAGCAUAGACAAUCGAGCUUGUGAGUACCCUUCACAUCUUCCAAACGUUUCCGAGCGCUUCAGCUUCAAGGAAUCAAGAGUCGAAGAUGUUACUCAUACUCGCGAUAACGUCCCUCCGAUACCGUACUUUAUUGAUACCAGCGGCCGUUACCCGCCACCCGCUUUACAUCCACACCUAAGCAAGGACUUGACAUCUUUUGAUCACUUGGAUGCCUCUAAAAUCAUCAACACGCAGUCUAGGGAUACCUAUAGUAUCGACUGGCCUGCGAAACCCAUGGUGGCUAAACAAAUCUACCAACCACACCAGGAGGCUUUCCAAGAAUUAAAUACCAUUUCUCGAAAGUCAUCGAAGAUAGUUGACGACAUACCAGGUGAAACACUCAAAGAGUACAUUGAAAGAAUGGAACGUGAAAUACUAGGAGAGAGUGAACUAUCUGCGCCUUGUAUUGACAAGGCUUUGCCUUUAUCCGAAGCAAAUAUUUUCGAUAAUGGAAGACGCCCAAUGAAGUGUCUGCGCAGAAUUGAAUACAAUGAUGAUCUCCCUCGACGAGACCAAUCCCAUGAGGGUGCGCAUCCAUUUUCCGGGAGUUACCCAAGGUCAUCUUAUCCUGAAGAGAGUCCAGACGAGUCAGAAUCUACAUUCUUCUGGCGGCCAAAUCAUAUGAUGUGGUGCUAAUCACUUCCGAAGAUCAUUCUUCAGUCUAACGGCCUUGU